AGUUAAUUUUAUUUUAACAUUUUAACUUAACUAGUUACUUUUGGCUUUUCAUUAACUUAACUGUUAACUUACUAAAUUUCUUUCUUAAUUAACGUGAAAUUAACGAGUUAAUUUUUCAUUUUAAGAACGCCGGUGUGACUGUUGCAUGGACACUGUGCUCAAGUCGUUUUUCCAGAUGUUCAACCCCAGCGUGGAAGCUGGUCCUGGACGGUUGGUUAGCCGACACCGGUACAAGGACGGCUUCAUGCCCGACUAUCCUUUGGAGGUUAUCGGUCACGACGGCAAAUGGGUCAAGCCACCCGAUGACAAUGACGAUGGAAGCGUGCCGACGGCCGACUACGUGGACGAAGGUACAGGUAAUGGUGCAAGUUCAGGAGGCGGUACAAGUAGUGGUGGCGGUGCAAGUUCGGAAGGUGGCGCAGGUGGUACGAAUAGCGAUAAUGGUAGCGGCCGACCGGGAUACUCCAUCCGGCAACAGAAGAUUGACGCAGCUGUCGGUGCAACUUCAAGUUCCGGUCCAGGGAUACGGCCCGACGACCAUCGGCCCUUUUCGGAUUUCAUCGUCAGCCUGCUGAAAACAGUUCAGCUGACGCCUCUUGCGACGCUCAGAAAGUCAAAAGGCAAACCAUCUGACGCAGUCUCGGCCACGAAGACGACUGUGCAUCAGCCGCAACACGACGGCGGCAUCUCGAAACCGUGGUAGCAAUAUACUUAGCGGCGGGUGCAGUGAGGGGCAAACCAUUUUAGACUUAGUUUUUCAAACCUUUCUUCGAGUGCCUAUAACAUAUAGUUACUAUUAUUUUAAUCACGUGCGGGUCAUGAAAGUUUACGAAAAAAUGUACACAUCUCCGCAAAGUUAUACCUAUACUCAUGAUUUUUAAUUACCUAUAUAUAAUAUUUAAAAUGUAUUUAUCUAUGCCCUGCUCAACUUUCUUCAGUUUUCAUGUGUUAUUUAACGUUUUAUUUUAUUAUCAAACACAUAUCACAUACCUAUUAUAUUUAUAUACAAUGGUAUUGUGUAUACCUAUUGGUAGUUAAAAAGUCACAUUUUGAACAACAGCUAACAGGUAAAUUAUUAUUUCGUUGUAGUCGAUUUACAACACGAAUGAAACUUCAAUUAGGCCUUAUCUUACGUUUUAACAUUAUAUUCAAGUUCCAACUCCGAGAUUGGUUCAUAAUAUGUAUAUUGUGUACAAUAUAUUAUUUAUACAAGAACGCUACUUGCGUUUAUUUAUUUUUUUUCGGCUCCAAGGUCUAGACGAAAGUAUAUAUGGAUAUUGUAAUGGACAAGUCGUGCUGAUUCGCACGGACUAUACUGGCGCGUUUACUAUAUUAUAUUAUUGUUUAUGUUGAAAUGUUCGAGAGAAAAAACAAUCAACAUCCCGAUGUUUGUUCGAUACGUCAUUGUGUCAUAAUAUACUAUAUUAUAUUAAACCACGAUGCACAUUUAAUUUAAGUCAGUUUAUUAUUAUUAUAAUUGUAAGCCGAUGUAUGUAUAGUUGUCACCUUGUUGUUAUUAUACAUAUUAUAGUUGUAUCUUGUAUUAUAUUAUAUUAUUAUGGUUACGGUUUUUUUUAUACAAACCUGG